AUGAAGAGGUCAUUUUCUGAAGAUACAAAUCCGGACCAUGAUUUACUACAUGGAUCUACUUCACAAUUGGAUUCGACUCCCCCGAUCAGUAAACGUUUAAUUUCAGCUGCAUCAGAGCCUAUAUCAUUCAUCCGAAUCUCAUCCUUGGAGGAACUUGAUAAGAGAGCAUUACAGCUUCAAAAUAAAAAACUAUGGGAAGCAUUGAUGGAACGUCGAGCUGCCAUUGCUGAAUUGAAGGAACGUAUUGAACACCUGGAAAAUCGCCAAACUAAGGAUGAUGCUUUACUUUGUGUAGUCAAUCGUUACUGGAAUCAGCUCGAUGAAGAUAGCUUGAUUAUACUUCAGCGUUUUGAUUCGGAUGCUGAGGAAGAAAUUUCAACAUCUACAGAAUCAUUUCUCAAACAAUUGGCUUCAUGGGACAAGGAAGAAGUUCCAGAAAAGCUCCAAGAACGAGUGCAUUUUUCCAAGCGUAUUAUUGCACGCCUCUUAUCUGCCUAUGAAAAAAUGGUUACUCACCAGUUUCGUUUGCGUCAACUGCUUGGGAACACUACUGAAACCGCAUCAGUUUCUGUUGGAUCUGAAAUUAGUGAUAAUAUUUUACCUAUUCAUUCCAGUUCAUCGGCUCCUUAUGGCACACAAAACUCUAAUUCUGAAGGUAACAAUCAAUCAACUAGUUCAUCUCAGGAGCCUGCUUCAACAAUGUGCAGCAGAUCUGGUGCAGUAGAUUUGCACGAGGAAAUAACACUUUUAAACAAGGAAAAUCUUCGUCUCCAAAGCCUUUGUACAAAUUUGCAUUCUAAACAUCGACAAAGUAGUCUUCGCCUUCGUGAACUACAAGACUUAGCUCAGACGAAUAGUGACGCGUCAGCGGAAUGGCAAGCUAAGUAUGAGGAUUUAGAUUAUAAACUUGCGGAAGCAAUGAAACAAGUUACGCGUUUAGAUCAUCGUCUGUAUGAAGCUCAGGAGAAGAAUAAAAAAAUGGAAGUUGAAUUAUCAGCUCUCAAAUGCUCAGACUCUCCAGGUCGUGAAGAUCCUUCAAAUAUUGAUGGAUCAAUUACACGGAAUAAAUAUAAUGACUUGGCUUGUGAACUGGAAGAGUACCGUGAGUUGGCAAAUAAUCGUAUAAAUGAAUUAGAGCGCCUUCAACGUCACUUGGAAGACAAAGUUGCAGAAUGUGCUUCAUUGAAUAUGCAAUUAAGAGAUAUUCCCGAGCAUAUUAUUACAGAAUCUCCUCAAUAUUUAUCCUUAAAAACUCAAUUCAAUAUUCUAUAUAAUGAAGCUAUCCAACUAAGAAGUCAGUUAGAGGAAGCUAGAAGUACUAUUCAGAAUAACAGGCAUAAUCAUCUGAAACAGAUAGAAGAGAUGGAGGCAAAUGAAGCAGCUAUACAGAAUCAGAUGCGAUCUGAAAUGCUUCUAAUUGAAGGGCAAUACUCUCAACUAAGACACAAAUAUGAAACUAUGGAAUUGGAUUUCAAGCAAGCAUUGACGCAUAAUGAACAAGCUGGUCCUAUCAGUUGCGAAAUGCGUAGUCUAAUUUCCACACUCCAAACACAAAACAAACAACUAAAAGCUGAAGUGACUCGUUAUCGUAGAAAAUGUGAAGAAACUGUACAGGAACGUGAAAUGAUACGUGCGGAUUUGAAAUGUACAGAGGAUGAGUUAAUUCGUGUCCGUACGGCGCUUUCUGAGGCAACUGCAGCUGUUAUUACUGCAUGUGAAAAGUCAGAUCAGUCGACACCAUCAACCCCCCAAAGCUCAAAUCUACCUCAGACUUCAGUAACAAUGCCAGAUGUUGGAUCACCAACUGCUGAUCCAGAAUUGAAAGCAAAAAAUUCAACUCCUAUAAAAGUGGAGGAAAAUGUUAAGUAUAGUUCUCCAAGUUCGUCUACUGCUCGAUCUGGCACAGUCACCACUUCAGCAAGCUCUCAUGUCAAUGGAAGUGCUCCCGAAAAAGUUUUGAAAACUGAAUCUACUCCCGACUUUCGUUGUAAUGUCUCGUGUUCUUCGCCGUCCAAUGAGAUUAUUCGUGAUUUAAAAGAACAACUGAAGCGUUCACAAGAAUCACAAAAAGAAAUGUCUGUACUACUCAACAUGUAUAAAGUUAUCCCAAAAGAUCAAAGAGAUAAAGCAGCACUUCUUCAGUGCGAAGCCAAGCUGCGGGGUGAACUGGCUGAUGCCAGAAAUGAAAUCGAUAAACUUCAUGCAACUAUCAAAGAUCUUCAAUCACAACAAACGAAGAUGCAGCAACAACGGAAGUCAACGUUAACAUCUCCUAUUGAGCCCAAUUUAAAAAUGUCACCUGCCGAACGUUCACUCACUUCCCAUGGAAAUAUUCCACUAUCUCCUUCGAAAACAUGUAAGACUGGGUUGGUUUCUCCUGAAGAAAAAAACUCGAGUAUAUCUGGAUCUCUGCCGAUCACGUCUUGUGGAAAAUCUAAAAUUUCUGCUUCUGAUUGGCAAAUAUCAGAGUUGCAAAUGGAACUGUAUAUAGUUCGACGUAAAAGUCAAUCUGUUGAGGAGCAGUUAAAACUUCACCAACAACGACUUGUAGCUGCCAAGCAACAAGAGGAUGUACUAUUGAAGGAAAUGGAAAUUACUGUUCAAGCAUUUGAAGAUGCACAAGAACAAAACGUUCGUCUUGUUAAAACAUUACGAGAAAAAGAUGAUGCUCACCUAAAGUUAAUGGCAGAAAGAAUGAAAACUGCUCAACUUGCUCGUUUACUGAAGGAAGACAAACAGCUUUUAGAAGAACAGAUACGUCUGAUGCAAGCAAAAAUUGAAGCGUUAAACCGUGCAGUUCUAAAACAGGAAGAAAAAGAACGUUUAUUGUUAACCAAUUUAGCAACCUUAGAGAAAGAGGCAUCAGCUAGACAAAAAUCACAGGAAGCCUAUAAACGAAAAGCUUUGGAAAGUCAACAAGUCUCUGAAGACUUAAAAGUCACUGUUCAAAAGUAUCAAAGUCAACUAAAAGAUGCUCAAACUACUGUUCAGGAGAAAGCGUCCGCUUUUGAACGCGUUUCUUUCGGUCAUCAGCGUUUACAAGAAGAACUUGUCACUGUGCGCAGAAAAUACGAACGGUUACGCAAGAUCGAACAGUCUCAUAACGCUGAUGAAUUUUUAUUGGCUGAAAUUCAAGAUUAUAAAGAGCAACUUACAUGUCCAACGUGUAAAAUCAACAGAAAGGAUGCUAUUCUAACUAAAUGUUUCCAUGUGUUCUGUUUGAAUUGUCUAAAAGUUCGGUAUGAAACACGAAAUCGUAAAUGUCCAAAGUGCAAUGCAACAUUUGGUGCCAACGAUUAUCAUCGUAUAUACCUCACCUAA